GUUGGAUCGAGGCGAGUUCACGAGCGGUUCGGGUACGCGACGCGCGCCGUGAUGUAUUGUCACGGGAAAAUGUCAAAAUGAGAGCAUCCUCGUGAUAGCUCGCAGUGCGACGCGGUGCAAGUGCGUAGCGGUGCGCGGUGUAUCAGCUGCGACACACAGACGUAAACGGCGCCGUCGGCGACGUCCGAUGUUACGCGACGGGCAGCCACGCUGACGCAAAAAACGCUACGGCGAGAGAGUCUGCGGAUACAGCUCUGUGACAGUUCUUCUAUCUCUCUCUCUUUCCCCCUCUCGUUGAUAUCUCGUCUGGCAGUUCGAGGAAAGCGAACAAAAGAAAUGUGUGUUUCACAUGACAUCACAUACACAUCUUCUCGCUAUAGGGAAACCGGCAACAUUAGGGGACCUGCUGCAGGCAUAUUUCAGACCUGCGGUAGUUGGUGAAUGGUGUUGCAGAUAGAUUCCGUGUGGGGCUGGGCGUCACCCCCGCUGCGCCUCCAGCUAGCCGGGGGGACCAGGGGUGCCUCGGGGAGAGCGGCAGCGGGCGUGCCAUCCUCGCAGAGGAUGGGUGAGAUAGUCGUGGAGCGCGCUCCCUCCCCAGCACGCCUCAGUCAUACGUCGGAGAAGCAUCCCCGUGCGACGCUCACCGAGCUCAAUGUACUUCGCCGUCAUCGAGAACUGUGCGACGUCGUUCUCAAUGUUGGCUCCAGAAAGAUAUUCGCACACCGCGUCAUCCUUUCAGCAUGUAGUCCAUACUUCAGGGCAAUGUUUACUGGGGAGCUGGCGGAAUCUAGACAAACUGAAGUAACGAUACGCGACAUAGACGAAAUGGCUAUGGAGCUACUCAUAGACUUCUGUUAUACUUCUCACAUUAUCGUCGAAGAAGCGAAUGUUCAAACUCUCCUUCCAGCAGCGUGCCUUCUUCAAUUAGCAGAAAUUCAGGAUAUAUGUUGCGAAUUUCUCAAACGCCAAUUAGACCCAUCAAAUUGCUUAGGUAUCCGGGCGUUCGCGGAUACCCAUUCGUGUCGCGAACUUCUGCGUAUUGCCGAUAAAUUUACGCAACAUAAUUUCCAAGAGGUAAUGGAGAGCGAAGAAUUUCUGUUGCUUCCCGUCGGGCAAUUGGUAGACAUUAUUUCGUCGGAUGAAUUGAACGUACGUACGGAGGAGCAGGUUUUUAGCGCCGUGAUGAAUUGGGUGAAGUACAAUGUUACGGAGCGACGACAACAUCUCGCGCAGGUCUUGCAGCAUGUGCGACUGCCACUACUUAGUCCAAAAUUUUUAGUUGGUACCGUCGGAUCGGAUUUGCUAGUUCGUUCUGACGAUGCUUGCAGAGAUCUCGUAGAUGAGGCGAAGAAUUAUCUACUUUUACCGCAAGAGAGACCACUAAUGCAAGGACCUAGAACGAGACCCAGAAAACCUACGAGACGAGGAGAGGUGUUAUUCGCUGUUGGUGGAUGGUGUUCGGGUGACGCCAUCGCCAGCGUCGAGAGAUUUGAUCCUAAUACUGCCGAUUGGAAGAUGGUUGCGCCGAUGAGUAAACGGAGAUGUGGAGUAGGCGUAGCGGUGUUAAAUGACUUGUUAUAUGCUGUCGGCGGACACGACGGACAAAGCUACUUAAAUAGCAUCGAGCGAUACGAUCCACAAACGAACCAGUGGUCUUGCGACGUUGCUCCUACUACAUCCUGCAGGACCAGCGUGGGUGUCGCUGUACUGGAUGGUUUUCUGUACGCAGUUGGUGGCCAGGAUGGAGUGCAAUGCCUUAAUCACGUGGAAAGAUAUGAUCCUAAAGAAAACAAAUGGUCUAAAGUGUCGCCAAUGACCACUAGAAGAUUGGGAGUGGCGGUUGCAGUGCUCGGAGGUUAUUUAUAUGCCAUCGGCGGGUCUGAUGGACAGUCACCUCUUAACACAGUAGAAAGAUAUGACCCAAGACAAAACAAGUGGUCCCAAGUAUCCCCGAUGUCUACGAGACGUAAGCAUCUAGGCUGUGCUGUAUUUAAUAAUCUAAUUUAUGCUGUGGGAGGACGAGAUGAUUGCAUGGAGCUCUCCAGCGCGGAACGUUAUAAUCCCCAUACGAAUUCCUGGAGUCCUAUAGUAGCGAUGACAUCGAGAAGAAGUGGAGUGGGUCUAGCGGUAGUAAAUGGUCAAUUGUAUGCGGUAGGCGGAUUCGACGGAACUGCGUAUCUGAAAACAAUAGAAGUAUACGAUCCAGAACAGAAUCAAUGGAAGCUGUGUGGUUGUAUGAAUUACAGGAGGCUUGGCGGAGGUGUAGGAGUGAUGCGAGCUCCACAAACCGAGAAUUACAUUUGGUAGCUCAGGCCCCCCUCUUCAGCCCAGAUGGCUGAAACUCCUUUAACUCCUCUUACACCAGUAACGCCAGUUACACCUGUAACACCUCCCGCUCCUGUAUCGGUUCCUGUUAUAACUACUAGUACUAGAAAACGCUACCGCCGAUCGAUGAGCAUUAUAUAAGUAAUUUAUGCAUUUUAUAAAAGACUUUGCCUUUCUCUGGAUUUCCGCGCGAUUAUCUCGCGCAUCGAUCUUCGAUGCUUAAUUUAUUAUCAAGUUGAAAAUCUGCUAGAUCUAGCGCACAGAUCAUGUUACAAGAAAAGAGAUGCAGAUAUUCUAUCAAUUUACUACUAUUGUUUUAUAUUUUUUAUUACAUCACAUUAUUUUAUAAGAUUCUUUAUUAAUGUAUCAUUUAUAUUUUAUUGUGCAAUACACGAAUUUCAGUUGUUUUAAAUUUAAAUGUCUACAUAAAGCAUUUCUAGUAGAAAUGCUUCGUAACUAUUGUACACAAUGUUUCAAACAACGUUUUAUUAUAUGAAAAAAAGAAAGGCAAAAUAUCUUAUUCAAAAACAUGUUUUAAAGAUAUUUACAGCUUCUAUUCUUUGGUACAUGAUCGAAAUAAAAGCUGAAGUUUUCAGUAGAAUUUUAAUUUAAUUGCAAGGGGGUCAUUUUCGUACCCGCAACAAUUCAAGAUGUAAUAUAAGACGUUAUAAUUUUUCUCUUCUCUCUGUAAACGUAGUCUGCUUUAAAUAUGUAGAUAUUUCAUUUUGUUUAUAAGACUGAAUUUCAACCAGAGAAUAUUAAGAUAUUGAGUCGUGAUAAGUACAGUUUACAUUCUCUUGUAAAGAAAUAUCUAGUUACAUCACAUUUUCUAUUGAAAGUAUGCGAGUUUAUAAUCAAUUUAUUUAAGGCAUUUAUUAUAAUUAUUAUGUUGUCGACGAUUUAUGACGAAUGCCAAGAUGCACGCCCGAAAAAAAGUAAUAUGUAUAAUAUUUGAGAUUAUAAAUUAUUUAAACGUGACAUUCUCGAAAUCGUUUCUCCGCGUUGCUGCUAAAAAUGUCAUUUAACCAACAUCAUCUGUUACAUAUUUAAAUCUCUACAGAGGAGUAACCUUAUCGUACAAAAUGGUGAUAGGGAUCAUUGACCAAUAAUCUCAUAAUGUAACAUUUGUUGUGAUUAUGCAAUAAGAAUCGGCAGAAUUGAUUAAGGGCGACCAAUAAUAUUAUUAUCAAUCAUAAUAAUUGUUUGUAAUUUAUUUUAAUGAAGAUCAAAUGUACAUUACUGAGAUGAUUAUAAAAGGCAAAAAUGCUUACAAACUUGCUGUUACAUGUAUGAGAUUGUUGAAGGCAGCACAAUGCAUGUCUAGCGUAAGGACAUAUUGAUGAUGUAAUGUAAUUCUUUCUAAGCAGCUGAUUGGAAGGAUAAUUAUUCCGAUUUCCGAGUCCUACGAUGGCUCAUUAAUGCAUUUUUCAAUUAACUGUUGGACUAUAUUCUGGAUAUAGGCCAUUCACAUUUAAGUUCUAAGUGAUACUGUAGAGGAUAAAUCGCUGUUCAGUUAACCAAAUUAAACAUUACAAUGGUACAAAUUAUCGUAAUUCGUGAGCGAAGUUCAAAUAAGUGUUUAAUAUCCAUUUUUGUUUAAUUAUUUCUGAAGAAGGUGCAGCUAUAUGUUCCCGGGAGAAUGUAAUAUGAUUUCAACGAUAUUUUAUAUGCAUAGUGUUAGCAAAUUAAUUUUAACUCAUGUCAAAAGUACAUAAGAGAUCGAAUCUUGUAUUGUACCGAAUCUUAACGGCACGUUUUCCAUAAACAGGAAGCAAAGGGUGAUUACGUUGUCGAUUAGCGCGCAUAAUAAUCCUGCGUAAAGCACAAAAACGUUAAUGCAGAUAUAUAUUGUUUUCUCAUCUUAUUAAACGAGAUCAAAAACUUGUUCUGUACAACUGUUCAGUACAAAGGAAGAGUCAUAGGAUUUCUUUCCUGUUCUUUAUCAAUAAAUUAAAGAAAGUGCGCAUUAGAAAUUUGCGCGAACCAUUA